AAAGGCAGAAACGCCCUGCAUCCUCCUCUCCUAUCCUCUCCUCUCCUCUCUCCUCCGACAUCCAUCCAUCCACCGCCGCCUCCUCACCUGCUCCUUCAGCCGCGCAGGAGCCGCUGCGAACCGGACGGAACGCGAACCGAACCCCCGCUGGAAAAUAUGGCCUUUUAACGCUCGACAGACGGAAAAAUAAAUACAUUAAAAAAUAAUAAUGGUAAUAAUACAUAAACAAAUGAUAAUCAUGAAGCUUCUGCGUCCUCUCUCCUGCCUCCUCCUCCUCUUCGCUUCCCUGAGCUGCGCCUCCGCUUCCACCGACAGGAGAUUCGGUUGCCUGUUUGAGAACGAGCUGUGUUCACCGUACGAGAUCUGUGUCAACGAUGGUAUGUUUGGGAGGUGUCACUCUGUUCCGGUGAGGGAGGUUUACACCUACGACGUCUCCCCGUCUGUGGUGCAGCGCUUCAGGAUGCUGCUGGAGAAGCUUUCCAUCAGAGGUUUGACGUGGGAAGACGACGCUACCCAGCAGGUUCUGGCCACAGAGUUGUCCAAACUGAGGAGGAUUCCCUACAAGCCUCAGCAGAACGGACCGGUCUACAGCACCGAUAGCAGGCCGGUAGCUGAAGCCUUGGACCCAGUGGACCAGAGGGUGAAGCCGGUGGAGGUGGAGCUGAGCAGAAACCUGCAGACGUACCUCCAGCGCCUCGGCCUCCUCCCAAAAACGUCGUCGAGCUCCGGUCUGAGCGCCCCCGUCAAGAGCGACCGUUUCCAGUCGGGCGUCUCUGCAGACCUCCCCCGCUCCAAGGCCCAGGCCUUGGCUCAGAAGUCGCCUCCUUCCGGCUUCUUGCCCCUGUCGUCUUUCCAGCCCCGGCAGAAGCAGAGACCUCCGUCCAACCAGCUCCUCUCCACGCAGGCCGAGGGCGACCUUCUCCUGGACGCCCUGAGGCGGUAUCUCUCCGGACGCCUGCCCCUGCACAGUGGAGGGGUGAACCCCGGUCCCGACCAGGAAGAGGCCGCCUCUCUCCGCCUGAAGCCCUUCUACACUAAUUGGAUAGAAAACCCCGGUCUUAAAAAAGAGACCUCCAAAUCCAGGCUUCUGAAAUUGGGACGAACUCAAGGGGCUUCGGCCCGGGACCCCCUCACAUCCGUGGAUGAGAGGUUCAUCGAGAACGUCUUGAAGAACGUCGGCAGGCAGCACGUUGACGUGGACAACCUGACGCCGCAGGACCUGGACCAGCUGUCCCGCCUCAUAGCUGACGCUCUGCAGGUGGUCGACAAGGACAAGGGACCCAACAGGGGCUCGGCUCGGGUUAGGGGACCUGGACCGAGAGACCUGGAGGGAGAGCUUACUGACGGGGAGGUGGAGGAGGAGGAGGAGGAGGACGCCGCUAGACGUGAGGAAGAGGAGAAGCUGCUGGAGAACGCUCCCACUCUGAAACCACAAGAGAGCACUACUCUGGCACAGGCAGCACUUCAGGAGCACCACGGAGUUACAGAGGAGCAUAAUGUGAAGGACAAGGCCGACGGCGGCAGCCUCUUUACCAAACUCCUCGCCUACCUCAACAAGACUCCUUUCACCGGCGCUCCGCCAGCGAGGAGCCGGUACGACGUCCCCGUGGAGACGCCCAGGGGCCAGCAGGUGGGGCUGGAAAACGUCCAGAGUCGGACGAGCCAGUCGGGCGUCAGCGUGCAGAAGAAGGACGCCACGCAGUCUGUGGAGGAGGUGUCGGAGCUGGCGGGAUGGAUCAAGGAGGUGGCGCCUCCUCCUGCUUCGCUGGUGUACGAGGAACCCCACAAGAAGACGAUGCACGUCCCCGAGCUGCAGCUGGACGUCAAAGCCGGCGGGAAGAAGGAGGACGACGACGUCUUCGGUUACGUCAUCACGGACACAGAUCGGCUCCAGACAGACGAAGGCCUCCACCUGAUGGAGAUCCUGGCUCGAAUGGCCAAGAUCCAGAUGACCGACUUCGCUGAGCUCUCGGUGGUGGGCCCGGCCGUGACCUUCAAAGUGAGCCCCAACGCUCACAACGUCAGCACCACAGAUGUGGCCAACGUGGCAGUCCAUCAGAAGGCGGCACUGGAGAAGGAAGCCAAGGUCAGCAUCCUGGAGGCUGGAGUCACUGAUGGAAGCCACAUCAACCAGAUCCCCACCAAGUACAGCCAGGCCGAGUCCACCAAGUUCCUCAUCCUCACCGUCGUGUCCAUCCUGUGCAUCGUCGGCGUGCUGCUGGCCUCCAGCGUGGUCUACUGCCUGCGCCACCGCUCCCACCACAAGAUCAAGGAGAAGCUCACCAACCUGGGAACAGAUACUGGCAGCGAUGCUACCGCCACCUAUCAGGAGCUGUGUCGCCAGCGCAUGGCCGUCAAACCUCCGGCCGAGCGCCCGGAGCCCAUCUCCUCCCGGAUCAACAGCGUGUCGUCUCAGUUCAGCGACGGGGGUCCGGCCGUCAGCCCCUCGGCCCGGAGCAGCAUCUCCUCCUGGAGCGAAGAACCGGCUCACUCCAACAUGGACAUCUCCACCGGCCACAUGAUCCUGUCCUACAUGGAGGACCACCUGAAGAACAAGGACCGCCUGGAGAAGGAGUGGGAGGCUCUGUGCGCGUACCAAGCCGAACCCAACGCCUGCACCGUCGGCCUCAAGGACGGCAACGCCAAGAAGAACCGCUCGGCUGCUGUCGUGGCCUAUGAUCACUCCAGGAUCACCUUGAAGGUGGAGAACAGUCAAGGCAACUCUGAUUACAUCAACGCCAGCCCGAUCAUGGAUCAUGAUCCCAGGAACCCGGCGUACAUCGCCACUCAAGGUCCGCUGCCCUCCACCGUGGCAGACUUCUGGCAGAUGGUGUGGGAGAAUGGCUGCGUGGUCAUCGUCAUGCUGACGCCUCUCGUGGAGAACGGGGUGAAGCAGUGCUACCAUUACUGGCCCGACGAAGGAUCCAACCUGUACCACAUCUACGAGGUGAACCUGGUGUCCGAACACAUCUGGUGCGACGACUUCCUGGUCCGUAGCUUCUACCUGAAGAACAUGCAGACCAACGAGACGAGGACUGUCACUCAGUUCCACUUCCUGACUUGGCUCAACCAGAACGUCCCAGAGACCAGCCGGACGCUGCUCGACUUCCGCAGGAAAGUUAACAAGUGCUACCGGGGACGCUCGUGUCCUAUCAUAGUCCACUGCAGCGAUGGAGCAGGAAGAAGUGGGACCUACAUCCUGGUGGACAUGGUGCUCAACAAGAUGGCUAAAGGUGCCAAGGAGAUUGAUAUUGCAGCGACUCUGGAGCACCUGCGAGACCAGCGGCCAGGAAUGGUUCAGACCAAGGAUCAGUUUGAGUUCGCGUUGACGACCGUUGCCGAGGAGGUGAACGCCAUCCUGAAAGUUCUUCCGCAGUAGAAGCGAACGCCUCCUGAAGUUCUCUCCUCCUCCCCGUCAACCGGAGGAUCGGCCCUUUUGUUUCCUCCCUCCUUCUUAUUUCUUUCUCCUCAUCUCUUCAUCCGCCAUCGAUCCCUUCGUUCAUGCCGUCACAUCCUCUUUAUUUCCUCACCUGGACUCGUCUGGUUCAUUUUCCCUCCUCCUCCUCCUCCUCCUGUUACCCAUCCUAACAAACAGGAAACCGGUCCUGUACAUAGUUACACGUUCCUUCCUCUUUUCCAAAAAAAUGUCUUUUCCUUUCUGAUGGGCUGCUCAAAAUAGCUUCUCUACGUUCUGGAGAUUUAUCAGCGUUGACCUCAGGGGCGUCAGUCAAAUUUAAUCCGUUCACGUGUGGAGUCUGUUCCACUCUAUUCCUUAGACCAGUGGUUCCCAACCUGAUGGCCCCGCCCCCCCCAGGUAUCACAGAGGGGGCAGUUCUCACCUGUUUCUUCAGUUUUUAGCCAGUAUUGUGUGUCUCUCCCUGCACGUACGAUAUGCAGGGCAUGUGGUGUUCGAUCACAAUAAAAAUAAUAAUAAUCAAUAUUUCGAAAAAAAAUGUGUAAAGGUUCGAGCAGUCAGCUGAGUUCACCUACCAAUGCAAUCAAAAUAACGCACCUUUCCCUCUGGGUCUUGGAUUAUGUGGUUGAGAUCCAGCUGCAGCUCAUGCUGCAUUCAUGACAACUUGGGAAAAAAAUUACCUCCAAGUUGUCAAACUUUUCCAAAAUAAAAAGUAGCUGCUGCACAUAUUUUAAUGUUCAGCAAACGGUGAGGAUAUACCAAACUUAUUUUUUUCUCCUCUAAGUUAACCUGUAACGUGAACCUUAUGAUAUCAGACAUUUGAAAUGUCCAAGUUUUCCUGAAGGCAUCAUCUAAGCUGUUUUUUUUUUCAUCAAAGUCACUGUUGUUGGAAAAAUAGAGAGUAUACUUGUGAAGCUAAGAGAAUAUGUCCUAACCACAAACAAAGGACAUAAAUAGUAAAAAUAAUAACUAAUAUUGAAUGUUAGGAUGUAAAUUUUGCAACUUACGGUUAGAAUAUGAUCAGCAGUUGGUUUUGUAUAAAUUGAAACUGAAUUAAAUGGUUAAAUUGCAAAUCGAAUAAUUCCUUAAAUGAAUGAGCCCCACCCUCAAAAUUAAGUUCAGGCUGUGUGGGUGGUGGGGGGGCUGCUUUUCUUAGGGGUUGGGAACCACGUCCUUAGACGCUGUUCAUACGGCUGCUGCUCGAUGCCCCUGACGCUCUGUGAGUCAGUGUGACGUUGACCAUCAUGUCCGUUUCACUACAUCGUGUUUGUGUCUGAUAUUUAGUGCUUUACGACACGUUUUCAUGCAAAUGCACCAGAGUUUCAGCGAGGGAAGUCAUCUUCAGCAGCAUUUCUUUUGUAAAAAAAAAGCAGGAGGUGGAAGACUGAAGCCCUGAAAUCAUCAUUAAUAUCACGCUUAUUUUAAGAAAGAUGAAUAAUUCCUGGAAAUGAGGUGAAUCAACGCGAGCAUCAUUUAUCGUCUUAGAAGAAGUUUCCUCAACCUGAAUCGUUGUCUCUUGAAGUUACACUCAUGUCUGCCUUAAGAAAAACAAACAAACAAAAAAAAAACACACACACAGUAGAUGGACGCUUGAUUUUAACAUGGCCUGAUUCCAGGUUCUUUACUGGAAACACACAGACACGAGAAUCAGCCGUCGUGAAAUCAAGCGUGUCUGACACUCUGUAUUUUUAUGAUCGGAGGAGGAGGAGGAUAGUUUCAUUUUAUUUUUUUUAUUUUGAAUAAUACAGUAGGUCUUCAAUGUAGCAUUAAUGGAUGAUUUGUUCAUGUACAGUAGCUGAACACGUGUCGCGUCGAAACUCAUCGGUGGUGGUUUCCCAAAAGCAUCUCGGACAGAAACGUUUAAAAAAGGACUGUGGCCAUGUUUACAUGGACAUUAGUGAUGAUCACUUCAGAAUGAGUAACACUUCAGACUAGUAGGAGACAUAAUCUGUUCAAUAAUAAGACAUCAGCUCCUAAUAAUCAUGUAGACACUUGACCUGGUUGGAAUAAAUAUUUUAUUAAUAUACAGCGUCAGUAAUAAAACUAGUAACAGGGAAGAAAUUAGAGCUGAAUCCGUUCAUUCUGAGCGCGUUUGGUGACAGUUUCCAGGAGGAACAGAAACAUGGAGGUCGUGUUAAUUAAUGAGCCAAUUAAUUAUGUAUAAAACAGAAAUGUGACUAUUUUCAUAUAUUUAUUCCAUGAUUAUUAUUUUUUUUUUUUGGGUUUCAUUCAAUAAAAAGAUAAAGAAGUGUUGACCAGUAGUGUAUUUUAACGUGAACAUAGCCGAUAGUUUCUAUUCAGCCUGUUAACGAGCUGCAAGUUCAAAAAAUACUCGAUUUAGAAUAAAUUUAAAAACUCUUUUAUCAUGAUUAAUAUUAAAUUAACAGAAAAGAGGUGUUUGCUAAUAAUUGACAUAACAGAUAAGAGGAUGGGGUCUUCACAUCUUAUUGUCUAUCAGAGUCUCCUUUUAUUGUGGCGGUGGAUGACUUUGGGAAACCAGCCCCUAGUUUUCGACUGCUUUUCGCCGGCCGACCGUAAAUGAACACUUUUUAUUCUAGUUUUGUUCGUACGUUGACCUGGAUUCACUCUGUUACUAGUGCAUGGAUAUUUAUUCAGCAGAUGAAGUGUGCUGUAGUCUCUGAGCAAACAAACUCAGCGUUGGGUUAUUUAUCUAUUAGCUUUUCCAAUCAGUGCGCGAGGCGCUCCGAGGACCUUGGAGCCGAGGAUUAUCGCCCCUAAACUGUGCAGAUUGACUCGAGAAGGUGCUGCAGCACAAACAUGAUGCAACGCUGCAGCAACCUGGUCUCGUUCGCUGGAAUCCGUGUUUCCAAUCGCGGCUGAAAGAAAGAAACGCUUCUUAUGAUUUAAUGUGGAACCUGAUCCAAGUUUCUCUGCCUUUUUGAAAGAAGCCAAAUUUAAAAAAAAAAAAGAAAGAAAAAAGUGUCUGAUUCUUUAAACUUGUAAUAAUGAGUCUUUCUAGCAGUAGUGAAGAUGCUCUGUCGUUUUUCUUUCACACACUCCAUCAAGCAUCGAUAGAUGGCUUGUCUGUACAUAACCCCCUCUCCCCCCCUCCCUCUAAGAAAUCACUACAGAAGAUAUUUUGUUCUAUCGGUGUAAACUACUUGUGAAUAAAGUCUCAUUGUUGAUGCAGUACUGUAAUGCAA